CCUCGGAGCAGAAACAAGAGACUUUGGACUAAUUUAAUUUAAUAGCGGAACAGAACAACUUCCUGUUUAGGCGAGGAGCGAGGACAGAACAAACAAGACACUUGGAAUGUACCCAUUAAAUUGGGCAAUUGCAGAUGUUUUCUUGUGACUCCACCCGUUAGAUAGAUCUUUAUUUCUUUCAGCAUUCAGCCGGCACGCCUAAAAUGUCUCCGAUAAAGGAAUUUACUCUGACUUACGAAGCUCUCAACGAAGAAAACACCAUUUCUGAUGGGGAUACGGUCACAGGCACAGUUAGUUUCAGUUUGAAAAAGGAAACCAAAGUGAAGAGCCUUCUCGUGAAAGUCAAAGGGGAUGCGUCCGUCCACUGGAGUGAGGGAAGUGGAGAUGAUAAACAAUCCUACAGUGCGCACAGGAGAUACUUCAAAGUCAAAGAAUACUUAAUUGCAGAAGAUGCAAAAGGCAAUGUUCUUCCCCAAGGGGAUCAUCGCUUUAAGUUCAGCCUUAAAAUCCCACAGGGGGACAUGCCACCAUCCUUCAAGGGGGUUUAUGGAAAUAUUACCUACGUGCUUGAAGCAAAGCUGUCCAGGAAAUGGCAUUUUUCUUCUGGAGAACGAAAAGAGCUCAACUUUGUUUCUAAGUCCUUCCCACAACCUGGACAAGUGAUGUGUCCCCAGGCUGGAUCAGUCAGCAAAAAAGACGUCCAGAUGUCUGCCACCAUCAACAGAAAAGCUUGCUCUCCAGGUGAAACUUUGUCUAUUGGUGCCAAAAUCAACAACUCAUCCUCCAAAGAAAUGAGGGUCAAAUUCAGUUUACAACAGAGAACAGUGUACCAUGCCGAUGGCUCCACGAAUACCAGUUACCAAAGUCUAUGCAAAAUGGUUGGAGACACAAUCGCACCAAACUCAGAGGAAAAUGUCUCCUGCCAAUUGAAGAUUCCUGAAAAUAUCAUCCAUACUGUCCAUAACUGUGAAAUCAUCUCAGUUAACUAUGAAAUUAAGGUGUAUUUGGACAUCAGCUUUGCCAUUGACCCAGAGGUCGUGUUUCCACUGGUCAUUACUUCUUCCAGCGUCCUUACCCAUCAGCUUGGUGACGAUUUUGGUCCCUACCCAGCUGCAGCUAUGGGGGCCCCAAGCUACAGUGACUUCCCUGCCCCUGCUUACCCUUCUGGACCUUAUCCUGUACCUGCAGCUCCGGGUGCUUAUGGAUACCAGGCACCAGGUCCUGCUCCAUAUGGUUUUGCAAGUGCAGCUUUCCCCCCCUCUUUAGUGCAGCAUCAAGACCCUUCUGCUCCACCUCAGUUUCAACAUGGAGAACCUCCAUCUUACAUGUCUGCUUUCCCGCCUUCUGUCAACAGUAGCAGUGAGCCUGAUGGCAAAGCCUGAGCAUCAAAAACAACACAAAAUACUCAUGAAGUAUUGAUGAUUGUAAAGGCAUUUGAGCACAUUUAUAAUGUAUUUGUAAGUAAUGUAACUGAAUUCUGAAAUUGAUUAACUGUUUACAUUUUUUAGUUAUGUUUUACAUGUAAAAAUAUUUCAUUUACAUUGUGUGUGUGUGUUAUGAUGGAAAAUUACCUUUCUAUGCCCCAUAUAAAUCCCAUUUUCAUGGGAAAUUAUUAGAUUAAAAUUAGUAAUAGUUAUUUUGACUUUAUUGCUUACUUUAGCUCAACAAGUUUCCUUCUAGGUGCAAGAUUGUAAACGAAACCUAAAAUGUUUUACAGAGAACAAGAUACUGUAUGAGUUUCAGGCAAAAAGGGAACUUCUGUUUUUUUGUUGGCUGUGAAAUUAAUUGUUGAAAUAAAAUAGAUUUUGUUGGCGAA